AUAUAUUCCAUCUCCCGAUCGGAAGAGCGAGAGAGAGAGAGAGAGAGAGAGAGGGAGAGAGAUCGAGGGAUUGGGAUUUGAUCUCUGAUAGCUGAGUUGGAGGAAUCCCCGCGAUCGCCUUCGGAGGAUGAGAUGAAGAAAGAAGCGGGAUCGUUGGCGAAGACGGCGAUUUCUACUCCGAUUUCUUUUUGACGACGGCGCAUCUUCUCCCUUUUUCUUUCGUUUUUAUCAGAUCUUUUCCGGCCAUUUGCUCGUUUCUUCGUUCGUUCGUUCGUCUUUGUUGAUACUGGUUGGAUACCGAGAGAAAGGGCCGUCGAUUUGGGCCAUCAAGGAUUAACGCCAGAUUCCGCAUCUUCUUUUCAGCUGCUCAUCUAGGUUGAUACUGAUUCUUUCUUGAGAUAAGCUGAUUUUCUUUCACUUAAUACAUCAAUGAGAUUUUUUGGCGUGAUGGAUACUUCAGUUGCACCCUUGAUAAUGCUUUUCAGUUACUGUAUCCAGAUAUGCAGAAGAAUGAAAUGAAGUUCUUCAUGCUUUGGGCUUUUAACGGUAUUGAGACUGUGGAAACAAAGAAAAGAUAUCAUAUUUGAUGCCAGUGCAUGGAAUGUGUUCUGAUGAGACUGAUAUUUGGUUGCUACUUUAUUUAUUACUAGAUUCACAUCCAAAAGGAAGGGACUAUUUUAUUAGAUGAGAGUGAUAUGUUGCUGAUAUUGCUAUAAUCAUGGUCAUUCUGGAGCUUGAAGUAGUUGACUUUCUUCUAUAAGAAAGAGACAUGGAAUGUGAAUUUGAGAGGAGAUUUCCGACGAAUUCUAAAGACUACAAGCUGUAUGAGGAAGUAGGUGAAGGUGUUAGUGCCACUGUGUACAGAGCUCUAUGUAUUCCUCUUAAUCAGAUAGUUGCUAUUAAGGUUCUUGAUCUCGAGAAGUGCAAUAAUGACCUGGAUGGAAUUCGCCGUGAAGUACAAACAAUGAGUUUGAUUGAUCAUCCUAAUGUACUACGUGCUUAUUGUUCUUUUACGGCAGGUCACAACCUUUGGGUUGUGAUGCCAUAUAUGGCUGGGGGGUCUGCUCUUCAUAUAAUGAAAUAUGCUUAUCCAGAAGGCUUUGAGGAGCCAGUUAUUACAACUCUUUUGCAUGAGGUUCUUAAAGCUCUUGUGUAUCUCCAUGCUCAGGGUCAUAUCCAUAGAGACAUCAAGGCUGGUAAUAUUCUAAUUGAUGCUAAGGGAGCUGUUAAGUUAGCAGAUUUUGGAGUCUCAGCUUGUAUGUUUGAUACUGGGGAUAGACAGAGAACAAGGAAUACAUUUGUGGGAACCCCAUGCUGGAUGGCUCCUGAAGUAAUGCAACAACUGCAUGGAUAUGAUUUUAAAGCAGAUGUUUGGUCAUUUGGCAUUACUGCAUUAGAACUUGCCCAUGGACAUGCCCCAUUCUCUAAGUAUCCGCCCAUGAAAGUGUUGCUUAUGACGUUACAAAAUGCACCACCAGGUCUUGACUACGAAAGAGACAAGAGAUUCUCAAAGUCUUUCAAAGAGAUGAUAGCCACCUGCUUAGUAAAGGAUCCAAAGAAACGUCCAACUUCAGAAAAGCUUUUGAAGCACCCUUUCUUCAAACAUGCUCGUUCUAGUGAGUUUCUAGCACAGACUAUUCUUGAGGGCCUUUCUCCUCUUGGUGAUCGUUUUAAGGCACUGAAGGGAAAGGAGGCAAAUUUUCUUCUAGAGAACAAGGACGCAUCUGAACAAUUAUCACAGCAAAAAUACAUACGAGGAAUUAGUGGAUGGAAUUUUAAUCUGGAGGAGUUGAAAUCUCAAGCUGCUCUUAUGCAAUCCUUGGAUAAUGUCUAUAAUUUGGAAAAUGUAGAUGCUGGCAAUAAUCUUAAGGAUGACCUUGAUAGUGUUGAUUCCUCGGUGGUUGCUCUGGCUGAGGGAGUUAACUUUGCCAGCAAUGAAACUUCUAGGGAGGGUGAAAUGCAAGAUCUUCAGGAUUUGGAGGGUCCAUUGGCCUCUGCAUUUCCAAGUCGUCCUCUUCAGGCACUCAAAGCAUGUUUUGAUGUUUGUGAGGACAUGAAUACCAGCAGCCCUAAUUGGAAGAUCCCAUCAAAGUUCGACUCCAUGUUUCCAUUGCAGCAAGCAUCAGAAGCAAAGGAUCUCAAAUUUGGAACACAUAAUGAUGAAAAUAUGGAAAGAAGUGCUUCUGUCUCCUCGAAUAUGGAUAACCUUGGGUGUCAGAAAUUCUUAAGUGGUUCUCUUCUACCAGAGCACAUUCUUUCUCCGUGUAGGAAUGUUGAUGCAGAUGCAGAGAGGGAUGACAUACAUCGGAGAUGUCAACAUGAAAGAUAUUAUAGUGGUCCCUUGUCUCGUCAAACGAAAGAUUCAUCUAACUUGACAUCUGCAGCAAUGUUACAUGAGGAACCUUCAGAAGGAAAAAUUGUCCAGCGUAAAGGACGAUUUCAAAUUACAUUUCCAGAUGCUAGCCCAAAGGUAGCUUCUUCAGUAAAUUGCAUGGUCAGCUUAAUAGGUGGAUCACCUAGAAAAUCUACAUGUGCAGUGAAUGCUGCUUCACUUCUUCCUACCUUGCAAUUUUUACUGCAUCAAAAUUCUAUGCAAAAGGAGCAAUUAAUUAAACUGAUCAAGUGUGUGGAGCAAACACAUAAUGUAUCUUCAGCCUACCAUACAGAAGCCUCUGAUACAAGCACUGGUGAUUCACAGUCAUUCCAAGCUUCAGGAACAGAGAGGGUACUGCAAAAUUAUAUGACUAAUCUGCAACAGAGUGUUGGGGAACUUGCUGAAGAAGUGCAGAGUUUAAAACUGAAAAAUUCUCAGUUGGAACAGCAGAUCGAUGCGUCUUUGAGAAAGGAAAAGAAGCGAAAAGACAAGCCCGCACAGAGAUGAUCUUUCAUGGUGGAAUAAGACUCUUUGUUUUUUGCUCCCCUCCCACUUUCCUCUUCAAGGCGUGAUGGCGAUGUUUAAUUUAUGAAUUCAUUGCACAUAAUAUCCAUUGUAUAUUCUCUACCUCUCUCUCUCUCUCUCUCUCUCUCUCUCUCUCUCUCUGUGUUGGUUUGUUAUAUUGACAUCGAAACUAAGCGGUUGAUAUGCGAAGGGGUCUGAGUCAUGGAGAUCCUUCUCUUUCUA